CUAGUUGAAAUUCCCGAGGAUGACGACGAUGGAGGCUCUGGUGUGCCGGAAACUGGGCGACCCGACACAACACAUAUCAGACGGAGGAGCGGAGAAAGCGAUAGUGGUGGAGAAGAACCACCCAAUUCCGGAAUUGGUUUCUCCGACAUCGGUGAGAGUGAGAGUGAAAGCUACGAGCUUGAACUACGCCAAUUAUCUGCAGAUACUGGGCAAGUACCAGGAGAAGCCGCCCCUCCCUUUCAUCCCCGGAUCCGACUAUUCCGGGACCGUCGACGCCGUCGGACCCGCCGUCUCCAAGUUCAAAGUCGGCGACCCUGUUUGCUCUUUUGCCGCCCUCGGCUCUUUCGCCCAGUUCAUCGUCGCCGAUCAGAAAGAGCUGUUUGGAGUGCCGGAGGGGUGUGAUCUGGUGGCUGCCGGUGCACUGCCUGUUGCGUUUGGGACCUCGCACGUGGCGCUUGUUCAUAGGGCCAAUUUGUCCUCCGGUCAAGUAUUGCUGGUUCUUGGUGCAGCUGGAGGAGUUGGCCUUGCGGCCAUACAGAUUGGCAAGGUUGUGGGAGCCAUUGUUAUCGCCGUAGCUAGGGGAGCUGAGAAGGUGGAGUAUUUGAAGCAAUUGGGGGUUGAUCAUGUGGUGGACUCGAGCAGCGAAAAUGUUAUCCAAAGUGUGAAGGAUUUCUUGAAAUCCCGAAAGCUUAAAGGGGUUGACGUUUUGUAUGAUCCGGUUGGAGGCAAGCUUACGAAAGAGGCCAUGAAGGUUUUGAGUUGGGGAGCCAACAUUUUGGUCAUAGGCUUUGCAAGUGGAGAGGUCCCUGUCAUUCCUGCAAAUAUUGCGCUCGUUAAGAACUGGACAGUGCAUGGACUUUACUGGGGUAGCUACAAAAUACAUCGACCAGGUGUUCUUGAAGAAUCACUCAAGGAGCUACUGUCCUGGGUGGCAAGAGGCUUGAUCAGCGUCCACAUUUCUCAUGCUUAUCGCCUGCCCGAGGCUAAUCUUGCUUUCGCUGCCAUCAAAGAUAGGAAAGUCAUUGGAAAAGUGAUGCUUGUUCUCGAUGACGAGAGAAGUGCAAGAUCAAAGCUUUAACUGGAUCAGAAUUCAUCCGGGAUGGCGGAGCCUUGUAAUCGUUGGCACUUCAAAUCCAGAAACUUUCGUAAUGUGUUAAGCGUAGUUUACCAUUUGAUCAGAUGAUGACAGAAAAUCAAAUAAGAUCUGUUUGAUCGUACGAUGAUAGAAAAUCAAAUAAAGUCUGAUGGUUCGGGCCGCCAA